AUGGCCAUGGCCGAGAUGUCCCUGCUCAGCGGCUUCAGGCCCCAUCGGCUCGACCUCGCAUGGUGUUGGAGUGUCGGGGUGUCAGGGUGCGAGGGCACAGGGGGUGUCAGGCAUCGGGGUGCACUGUUGGAGUGUCACCAUGUUCCCCCCCGGCUGCGGGACGUGGUCGAUCGCUGGAUCAGCCACUACGAGCUCAGCAGGACGCGGCUGGUCAUCUACCUUGACGAGGUCCCCACGCGGCGCCAGUGCAUCAGCUUCGGGGCCACCCAGGAGGUGGUCCUGGGGCAGAUCCAGCCGGCCAUGGCGGCUAUCUACGACUACUAUGAGCUGGCUCAGCACUGCACUGUGUCCUACAGCGACCCCCACAGGAGCAGUGUGCCACCCACCCUCUGCUCCUCCCAGCUCUACCUCUGCGCCCAAGGCGUGUGCCCCCGCCUCUGGCGGGCAUUGCCGGCCCUGAUGCUGGGCGAUCACCUGGACUUUGCCUGCUACAGCCCCCACAUCAACUAUGCACUGGUGGUUCAAGCACUGGCCCAGAGUGAGGUUGGGCCCUUCCUGGCCUUUGAGAUCGAAAUCCUGGAGGUUCUACUGGGAGCUGUCCCCAAAUAA